AUGGUGGCCUAUGACAAGAACCAAGUCACGCUACACCUAUGCAAGAAUGGGUUCGUGCCAGGAUAUGACGAAUGGCAUUUCCACGGUGAGUCACACAGUAGAGUAUCAACACAGAUGGAAGUGGAUGAUGGUGAAGACGUUGAUAGGUUGGAUCAGAUGCUUGAUGAUCUGCAACCAGAGUUUAACCUAGAUCGUGAAGAUCCGCCUACAAAAGAGGUUCAGGAAUUAUUUGAACUCCUCCAAGCCUUAGAAUAUCCUCUACACGGACAGACAACGGUUACAGUCCUCCAGUUUGUGACCCAUCUAAUGGGCAUCAAGUCGAAGUUUGCUUUGUCAGGCAAUUGUUAUAAGGCAAUUGUGGACCUGAUUUGUGAUGUUCUUCUUGCCGAUCACAAGGUGCCUAAAGACAUGUACCGGUCAAAGAAAUUGAUAAAGGCUCUUGGAAUGCCGUAUGAGAGGAUCGAUGCGUGCCCGGACAACUGCAUGCUAUUUUGGAAGGAUCGUGAGAAAGAAGAGAAAUGCUUGAAGUGUGGCAAGUCGAGGUACAUAGAGGUGGUAAAUGAAGAUGGGGAGAAGGUGAGCACAAAGAGGGCACAUAAGCAGCUUCGAUGGAUGCGUCUCAGUCCUAGACUAAAACGUUUGUUCCUGGCUAGGAGAAUUGCUGAGCGCAUGAGGUGGCGCAAAAAUCGUAAGGGUCGGGCCAAUGGGUUAAUGGUGCAUCCAUCGGAUAGCGAUGUGUGGAAGGCCCUAGACAGCUUUGAUCCAGAUUUUGCUAGUGAUGAGAGGAAUGUUCAUAUUGGGCUGGCGACAGACGGUUUCAUGCCUUUCAAUAUGACCGCAGCGUCGUACUCAUGUUGGCCUAUCUUCGCCAUCCUGUACAACCUUCCACCUGAUCUUUGCAUGAAGGAUGAGUUCAUGAUCCUAUGCCUCAUCAUACCUAGGCCUGAGCAUCCUGGCAUAAAACUCAAUGUGAUGCUUGAACCAUUGAUUGAAGAGUUGAAAGAGCUUUGGGCAGGAGUGGAAGCGUAUGACACUUACAAGAAGCAGAAAUUCAAACUUCGGGCUGCGUAUUUGUGGUCCAUACAUGAUUUUCUAGCGUAUGGGAUCUUUGCUGGGUGGAGAGUUAAUGGAAGGCUAGCAUGCCCUAUUUGUGGAAAAGAAACAGACUGUUUUCGGCUCAAUGCUGGUGGCAAGUAUUGUUACUUCGAUUAUCAUAGGUGUUUUCUUCCUUUGGACCACCCCUUCAGGCUCCAGGCACAGGAGUUUAGGAAGGACACCGUUGUCACGAAGGGACCACCACAGCGCCGCAAUGGGUGGAAAAUUGCAGAAGAGCUUAGUAAACUGUUCACAAACAAUGCUGGAGAUGGGUUUGUAGGUUUCAGUGAGACACAUAAUUGGACUCACAAAUGUGGCCUGUGGGAACUCCCUUACAUGAGGGCAUUGAUUCUACCACACAACAUCGACGUAAUGCACCAAGAACGCAACGUGUGUGUAGCCCUAUUUGACACCAUUAUGGAUUUCGGAGGCUCUACAAAAGAUAAUUUCAAGGCCCGUGUUGACUUAGCUGAGAUAUGUAACCGUCCAACUCUUGAGCUAAGAGAAAAUGGAGGGAGACCAUGUUCUAAAUUUUCCUUGAAACCCAAUGAACAAAGAGAUGUGAUGUGGUGA